AUGCCCAAGAAGAGGCAUAGUGUCAUCAACGCAUACACCGACGGGGAAUUCCUAUUGCACUUCCGUAUUACUCGAAAACUUUUCAACACUUUAAGCAGAACAUUUUUGGAGAGCGCUCAAUACAAAGAACUGCGGCCAGAUAAGAGGUUGUCGAGUGACGACCAUUUGGCCAUAUUUCUGUGGUUUGCCGGUCACGAAGGGUGUAGUUUUCGUGACCUAUCGAAUAGGUUUAAUGUAACUAUUUCUACCGUCAGCCGCGUCAUUGUAAGAGUUACCAGUUUCUUGAGUGAUUUGAGUCAACAGGUCAUAAAAUGGCCAACUGCGGCGGAAAAGGAAGCAUCAAGCCAGUAUUUUCAAACAACGUGCGGUGUAUCUGGUGUAAUAGGUUGUAUAGAUAAAACAGACAUCACUAUAGACCCACCCACACGUUCCAAAAACGAUAAUGCUGAUCAGAAAGGUACUAAUGCAGUGCUUAAAAUCAAGAAACCUCCAACAACUGACUCAACAACACCAUCAUCAAAUUAA